AUGGAUAGCGAACCGAAAGCCGAUCCAACGCGCUGUAAGGAUGUCCCCAUCCUCCAACAUUUGAACGCCCCAACAUCGUUAUCGCAAGCGAUCCUCGGACGGCGCACGUGGGAUGCAUAUGCUAUAACAGAGGCUGGGAUUCUCCUCGGGUCAGAUAAAAAUGCCAGGGAUGACUACAUUUCAAAUUGGAGAAAAAUGGCGAGCGCGCUGGUUCGCGCUCAAUUUGCUGAACUUCAAAAGAUCGAGCAGAGACUGUACAAGAACAAGUCGUUUGAAACUUCGAAACAUGAUCCCGAAGAGUCCGACCAAGAGAUCGAUACUAUAAUCGUUCACGAAAACGUUACUGUGUCAGGCUCUGACCUCUCUGACGGGGAUAUUGAAUCUGGCCACGAGCAAGAUGGCGACGAGGAAGAUGAAAUUGUGACCGAAGACAAUUAUGGUAAUGAUGAAGUUGGCGACAAUGAAAACAGUGGUCUCGAUCCCCUAGGUCAUAUCGGCCAUGUCGAGGAUAACCUUAACGGAAAUACGGAACUCGGUAUGGAACCCUUUGCUGAUUACACCCAUGGAAGUGAAUUAAUCUUAAUGGACGAACUGGACUCACUGAUUGUUGAAAUGUGA